AUGGGCGUCAAUAUUUUGGAUGAUCUCAAGGUUACAAAGUGUACACUGUGGACUACUACCAAGAGUGCGCUGGACUGUUUGUAUCUGGAAGCAACAAAGGUAUGGCUGAGUGAAAGUGAGGAAGCAGAAGAAACACUUCAUGACAACACCUAUCAGCUUUACGUUCCUGUGCGAUGUGAAGCAGAUAUUCUCCUCACAAGGGAUUCCAGUCCCGAACGCUACGAUUUGAAAUCAGUGGAAGAGAUGGAGGCAAAUGGAGAGUUCGAUCCUCCGUUUAAUUUCACGUUUAAGCUACAGAAUCUGGGACCAUUUACUGUUGGCCAUUUGCUGGUCAAAGUGACCAUCCCAACAUUAACCAAAGGGAACAAUCUCCUCCUGAUCCUGACCAAUAACUCCACCAGUCCGCAAGAUGGGAUCCAGUGUACUUUAGCCGGUCACACAGCUCUCCAGCAGUGGCUCCCUCCGAGAGGACAAGUUGUCACAGAGGAUCUGAGGACUUAUGAGAAACUGGAUGCCAGCAACUCUCAAUUUAAUCUCCUGUUGUGUGACGUGAGGAAUUUUAAAACCAGUGACGAAUACUCCGUUCACAUUUCUGGCAGACUCGCAACUGAUUCACUGAUGGCACUCAGGUUUAGGUCUCUGCUACUUGUUACAACAGCAACACUGGACAUUUGGGAGCCCAGAGCAAUGUUUCUAAAAGAGGAGGCAAGGAGCCGGGAGAUCACACUUCAUGUGACCAAGCAGUACGAGUCUGAGGUCUCCAUCUGGAUUAUAAUUGGGAGUUUGUUAGGAGGCCUUCUCCUGUUUGCACUGCUCACUCUCGCUUUAUGGAAGAUUGGCUUUUUCCAAACUGCAUACCGUCGCAGGAAAGAGGCCAUGGCCGCUGGGAAUGGAUCAAUUGAGCAGUCGUCGAAAAAAGGCAUAGAACAUUGAAAUCUCAGAAGUGUUAAACACGAGAAGGUGCAAACUCACACAACAAUAACCAGGUGACACCAACUGGCAAAACAGUAUACCAACACCGAGCAGUCACCGUGUGCACCUUCCUGUAUGUGAGGUCAUUGAUUUUUGCUUGUGGUUCAACACACUUUCAUUCAUUGUCUCUAAGGUGCAGCAAACUGCUAUAAAUCCCAGAAUAUAUUCCGCUCCUGCCCCACCCCAAUCAAAAAACCAUGUUUUAUCAGGGGAAGCAACGUAGAUUACAUUUCUCUGUUUGAAAGCUUGAACUUUCAUUGGCUGUGUGUGUGUGACUGUGCUAAACACAAAAGAAAAACUACCCAAACAGGCACAACCACAACUGGAAUGAGCCAGUGCCCAUUUUACAGCCAUCAGGAAUUAUACCUGCCCCUUUAAGUGCAAAUCCCUGAAGUAUUGUUUAGAAAAUACUGACUGUCUGUAAUCUUCGUCUAUUGGUUCCAAGUGUUAUGUUUAUAAGAAAGUGAGGAAUAAUUUGCACAGGAUUUAUGGAUUGUAGAUAUUUUUAAUUAAGUUAACCUCCCUGCGAUCCUUUGCUUAUCACAUACCUUCCUUCAGGUGUGAGAGAGGUGCAGUCUAUCCGAGUCUCAUAUCGCUCCUUCUCUUAACACAAUGGGAAGGCCCAAUGCCGAGGGAAAUGCCCAGUCUGGAUUUCUGUGCCCACAAUCUCACUGUAGCCCCCUCCCCUGCCUCAUAACAAAGAGGAAGUUUAUCCAUUUAUCGAUCUGCUAAAACUAUUCAAGGUGAUUAAGUAACCACUGAUGUCCUUCUCCACUGGUAGAUGUGCUUCCUUAGUUUUAUCAAGCUUGGCCUACAAAUGUGUGUGGCUUUCUAGGGGCGGGUGCCCUCUGAGCUGAGGCAGUUUGAGAGAUGAACAUUCAUGGAAUUGUAGAGGUGAGAAAGAAUUAACAGAAAGGCACCAAUCACAAGACUAAUCCUAUGGAUUGGUUGGACAUUGUGGACCUGUUGGGGUAUGACACAAUGUUUACAGCUCAGAAACUGGCCAUUCAGCCCAACUGGUCUAUGCCAGUGUUUACGCUACACCUGAGCUUCUGCUUACUUCUGACCCUCUCAAUAUAUCCCCUUCGAUGUGGAGGUGCUGGUGUUGGACUGGGGUGGACAAGGUCAGAUGUCACACGACACCAGGUUAUAGUCCAACAGGUUUAUUUGAAAUCACAAGCUUUCGGAACAUUGCUGCUUCGUCAGGUGAUGACAGAGCAGCACUCCAAAAGCUUGUGAUUUCAAACAAACCUGUUGGGAGUACUACCUGGUGUUGUGUGACUUCGGACUAUAUCCUCUAGACCUUUCUCUGUUAUGUGUUUAUGUAGCAUCACUACCCCCACUUUCCCCCUUCCUUAAAUGUAUUUAGCCUGUUCCUCUCAGCCCCUGUUCCUGGCAGUGAAUCCCACAUUCAAACCACUCUCUGGGCAAUGAAAGUUUUUGUGAAUUCGGUGUUAGAUUUGUUAGUGGCUAGUGAUAGUUACAGGCCCUCGUUCUGCUCUUAGCUUCAAAUAGAAGCACUGGGCCGACUCUCUGGAAGAACAUGGGUUACGGUGAGAUUUAUGGCAGAAUUGAGUGAGAUGCCUGUUGAGACUGAUCUCAAUGUGCUGACCACCCCCACUCCAUGUUUUCUGCUAUUGACAAACAGCUGGCUCCUCACCUGGCAACCCCGAGUUGCCAAUUAUAGGGGAUUAUUGCUUGAUGCCUGGCAGUCCAACUCACCCUCAUUAAUAUUCAACAUCCACCUUACCAAAUGCACCAAAAACAAGCUAGACAGAGAAAACUUGAUGUGAAAACCAUGGGAUCCUGGUUUGCUAUGUCCAGAGCAGUUUCCAAUAGCAUUAGAGGGGUUUGGACACGGCAGUCACUCACUCAGGGAUGGUAGUCAGGACGCUCUCCACAUAAGGAGUAAGAUAAUGAAUGAGGUGAGGUAAGGCACAGUGAGAAAAUGUGCUAGAAAUCCCUCUUUAAAAAAAAAACUCAAUGCAACUCAGAAUUAGCCAAAACUCCAUAAGAUUCGACCCAUUAUUGUUUUACACGAACCCAAUCAGACCCUUUCAUAAAUUUUAAAGAUGACCAUCGGCAAGUCCUAACAUAUCCCACAAAUGGACACAGCAAUUUCUCUUAGGGAUUCCAUACCUAGUCUCUAACAACUGGCCCCUUGCUGGUAAGUAUUUUUAUGUACAUGUUUUGGGAAUAGGUUCCUGGUAACAUCAAUUAGAAAAGAUUGGCGGGCUGAGGUUCAUUUCUCUCAAGAGGAGAAUGCUGCUGGGGGCAAGGCAAAAGUUUGUGGUUUGGAAAUAUUACUUGUGGAGGCUCCAGGGCAAACCCAGAAGGCUAGCAACUCCUAUUAGGGCCUACGUAAUGUGCAAUGAGAAAAAUGAACCAGCUCAGGCAGAAAUGAUGGGGACAAAAUUGGACCAUGUUCAACCUUUUUUCUUAUUCAUUUGUGGGAUGUGGUUAUCUCUGGCUGGUCCAGCAUUUAUCGCCCAUCCCUAGUUACCUUGGAGGUGGUGGUAAACAGCCCUCUUGAACUGCUGCAGGCUACGUCUAUAGGUUGACCCACAAUGCCAUUAUGGAGGGAAUUCUUGCAAUAGAUUCAGUUGUUUUCAUGCUUAUCAUUGCACUGGAUAUACAGUUGAUGGAUAAAUGGGAGGCAAAUACAGAUUAUGGAACAAAAGAGAGGUUGCUACUGGUUUCAGUGACCUGGCGUCAAGGGGCGGAGGGUUAAAGUUUAACCAGAAUUGCUACUCUUGGUUGCCAUCUACUGGCUGUUGCUGCAUUGUGGGGAAGUAUAACCUUGAUCAUACAAUCUGUGGUUGGGAGCUGACUGACUUUUAAGGCCCGAUUUUGACCUUAAUGGAACACAAAAUCUGGCAGGAUGUAAAAUAGAGAUCCACUCCAAUCCUGAGAUAACAAGGUGUAGAGCUGGAUGAACAGCAGGCCAAGCAGCAUCAGCGGACCUGGUUGGUGUGUAAGUUUAAAGUCAGGAAGACAGAUUCUGGGGAUCCCAACAGUCAUGACCACUUGCCAUUCAAACCUCAGAACUACACUUAGAGCAUAAGCCUCAAUUUCGUGCUCACAAAGAGAUUGGGACUUGAACUGUUUGACUUUCUAUCAGAAGAAAGAGGGUUACCCACUGAACUCGAAUACGAGGGGUCUACCUGAACUGUUAACCUGGGCAUUACCGGUCUACACUGUACUUCAAGCAUUUUCUGGGAUUAUUUAUCUUUAUCAAUGUACCUUUACAACGGUAAACUGAACACCGUAAAUUCCAGUAUAUACAUUACAGCCAGUGAACCAUUGUAAUGAUCAGCAUUUCAACAGUGUGUAAAUCACAUCCAAUUAAGGAGAGCUUGUAAAAGCUGUCCAGCAAGGCACAACUGACAAAGGAAAUUUCACACUACGUUCUCAAUCACCAUAACCUAAUGAAAAUUGUGUAAAAUUUCUAUGCUGCGGACAUUUACAGAUUCUGUAUUAUAUGUAAAACUCUUUUGUAUAUGUAAAUAUUUGGAAGGAAUUUGCCUUUGUAAUUCAGAGUGUUGACAAUUUGUAAUUAUAUGAACAAAGACUACUUGCUUUGAUAUCCUGUUGGUCAUGAGACAUAAGAUGGACUGAGUGGUUCAAAGAAAAUUAGAUGUACACUGUUACUGUGGUUGCUUCUCAUU